GGCAGUACUCUGCGUUUCAUUGAAACUGUUUCUCCGUUUGACAUACAAAUAUUUCAGAUAUUAUUAGAAUAAUGUGAUCAGCUUUACUGAGUUUACAACCCAUACGGCUACAUUUCGAUCGCAGAAUGCACGGGGGGAAGAGGGGAUUGGUGGCACCGCAGAACACCUUUCUAGAGAAUAUUAUUCGGCGCUCAAGUGAAACAAGUUUCUUGCUGGGGAAUGCCCAGCUACUCGAAUGGCCGGUUGUCUACAGUAAUGAUGGAUUCUGCAAGCUGUCAGGCUACCACAGGGCUGAAGUUAUGCAGAGAAGCAGCACAUGCAAUUUCAUGUAUGGAGAACAUACAGAAAAAAAAACAAUGGACAAAGUCAGACAGGCCUUCGAUAAUUAUGAAUCAAAUUGCUUUGAAGUGCUGCUCUAUAAGAAGAACAAGACACCAAUAUGGCUCUACAUGCAGGUAGCUCCAAUCCGAAAUGAAAGCAACAAAGUGGUCCUGUUUCUCUGCACAUUCAAAGAUAUUACAGUCUUCAAAGAGCCUAUUGAGGAUGAGACUAACAAGGGAUGGACUAAGCUUACUCGACUGACACGAGCACUUACAAGCAGCAGCACUAUGCAGCAGCUGGCACCAGCCAAGACAGAAGUCAGCCACAAGCCCUCCAGACUGGCUGAGGCUCUACAGCUGGGCUCAGACAUUCUCCCUCAGUAUAAGCAGGAGGCACCUAAGACUCCCCCUCACAUCAUCCUCCACUACUGCCUCUUCAAGACCACGUGGGACUGGGUCAUCCUCAUCCUUACCUUCUACACCGCCAUCAUGGUGCCCUACAACGUGUCCUUCAAGACCAAGCAGAACAAUUUGGCCUGGCUUGUUCUAGACAGCGUGGUAGAUGUCAUAUUCCUUGUGGACAUAGUGCUCAACUUCCAUACCACCUUUGUGGGUCCAGGUGGAGAAGUAAUCUCUGACCCAAAGCUGAUUAGAAUGAACUACAUGAAGACCUGGUUUGUCAUCGACUUGCUGUCCUGCUUGCCUUAUGACAUUAUCAAUGCCUUUGAAAAUGUGGAUGAGGGUCUUAGCAGCCUAUUUAGCUCCCUGAAAGUAGUUCGACUUCUUCGUCUGGGUCGAGUGGCUCGAAAGCUUGACCACUACUUAGAAUACGGGGCAGCUGUCUUGGUCCUGCUUGUGUGCGUCUUUGGCCUUGUAGCUCACUGGCUAGCCUGCAUCUGGUACAGCAUCGGGGACUACGAGGUCAUUAACGAGGCCACCAACACCAUCAAGACAGACAGCUGGCUGUACCAGCUAGCCUCAAGUAUCGGCACACCCUACCGCUACAACAUCAGUGGCUCCGGCCAAUGGGAGGGCGGCCCCAGCAAGGACACCCUCUACAUCUCCUCCCUCUACUUCACCAUGACCAGUCUCACCACCAUAGGUUUUGGUAACAUUGCUCCAACCACAGACGGGGAGAAGAUCUUCUCCGUGGCCAUGAUGAUGGUGGGAUCCCUGCUGUAUGCAACCAUUUUUGGAAACGUCACCACCAUCUUCCAACAGAUGUACACAAACACCAACCGCUACCAUGAGAUGUGCAACAAUGUGCGGGAUUUUCUCAAGCUUUACCAGGUUCCAAAAGGUCUGAGUGAGAGGGUCAUGGACUACAUUGUUUCUACUUGGGCUACUUCCAAAGGCAUUGACACAGAGAGGGUUCUCUCAAUUUGUCCCAAAGACAUGCGAGCUGACAUCUGUGUGCAUCUCAACAAUCAAGUUUUCAACGAGCAUCCGGCUUUCAGGCUUGCGAGUGAUGGCUGUCUGCGCUCUCUGGCCGUUGAGUUCCAGACCACACACUGUGCACCUGGGGACCUCAUAUUCCAUGCGGGCGAAAGUCUUGACACCCUUUGCUUUGUAGUAUCAGGAUCGCUGGAAGUUAUUCAGGAUGAAGAGGUCAUCGCCAUUCUGGGUAAGGGAGAUGUGUUUGGGGAUGUCUUCUGGAAGGAAACCACACUGGCUCGUGCUUGCGCCAACGUCCGGGCACUCACCUACUGUGACCUGCAUGUAAUCAGUAGAGAUGCCCUGCUGAAGGUCCUCGAAUUCUACACGGCGUUCGCCAACUCCUUUUCUCGAAAUCUGAUCCUCACCUGUAAUCUACGCAAACGGAUCAUAUUCCGAAAAAUCGCUGACGUGAAGAGGGAAGAGGAAGAGCGUAGGAGGCUUAAGAAUGAAGCACCUCUCUCCAUUCCCGUUGACCACCCAGUCCGCAAGCUGUUUCAGAGAUUCAAGCAGCAGAAGAACGAUCUUCCUCCAGGCGAAGCUGAACGUGACCUGGAAUGCAAUCGGCUGCAGGUGGAGCCCCUGCACCAGCCCACCCCAAACCAUCCCCGUCAGCAGUGUCAGCCGCACCUUUUGCAGCCCAAUCACAUACCCAUCCUGAAUGGUAAGACUAGGAAUACAGUUGGUGACUCAAGUACAUUUAACAUUUCCCACGUCACCAAUCUGCAGAGCACACUGGCAUUUGUCCAUAAAGGGGAAGCCAGCCAGAGUGAUGGCCAAGAUAUCAUGACGCUCCACCCCAGCCAGGAGAAGGACUACGUUGAUGAACCUCAAGCAACAGAUCAGCUAACAGAAGACAGAAAGAGCCAGGAGGUAGAAGGUGAGGGGAUGAAUAGAGGGGUUGGCACCAGUAGCGCUGGGAAAGAGGGUGAAGAGGAAAUAGCCCAUCUCAAGACACACUCCUUGGACAUCAGUAUUAGCAAGAGUGAAAGCACAGGUGUAGAGUGGAACUCUUUUGAAUGGAGUCACGUUGAGAGGAGCUUGCUUGGAAGGAACCCCUGCGAGCACAGCGCAGAGGUCGGAAGUGUGUGCGAGCUACAGCGGCCUAUUGCUCCACCUAAUGCAGGACAGUCACUGCUCCAGACCAGUCUGAAGGAGAUCAAGGUGGAGCUGAAGGAGGACAUCCAGUCGCUGAGUAGCCGUCUGUCGACUCUUGAGGGUCAGGUUGGAGAGAUCCUGAGACUGCUUUCAGGGAAGAGGCGACUUUCCCCGGCACAGACUGCUACACCUAAGGUUAAAAUCAAAUGCCAGGACAUCUUUACUGUACCCAAGCCUGUCACAUCAGACACAGAAAGAGAUGAUGGGCCAUUUUGAAUGUGCAGGAAGAGGCUUUGUUGAUACUUACAACAAAAACACAGACCAAUGUUUUGUUUAUUUAUUUUUUGUAAUUUUAAACUUUCUUAAAGCCCUAGACUUGAGUUAAGCAACUGGCUGGCACCAGACACCUUUAGACAACAAGUCAUCAAAGCGAUGUUAACAAACGUAUGCAGACCAGAAUAUGACAUUGUGACCACGAUAUUUUUCCUUUAUGGACGUACAUAUUUUUGAACCACGGUUGUUAUCUAACAUCAAGACUGUUUGAUGCAUUUCUAUAUUCCCUUUAUAUAUCUAUUGAUCUCUGGAAAAAGAAACACAUCAUCUGACUAUAAAGCCAAUAAUCUGUUUGCUUGUGUGUCUAAAGUUGAAAGGUUGCAGGUGUAUGGCUCAGGGGGCUAUUCCAGAAAGCAGGUUAUGAGACAUACAUGGGUAA